ACAGGAAGUAAAGAAAUGUCUGAAGGAGAGAGGUGAAACUUCACUAAAUGAACUGACAGAGAAACCUUCAUUCUGUCCUCACACACAUUCCUCCAGAGCGGCUUCAUCAAGGGUCUCUUGCCCGGGAAUAGACGCUUGUAUCGGGACACUGAGUGAGAAUAUGGCAGAAAAGGUGCUGGUCACGGGCGGAGGAGGCUACAUUGGGAGUCACUGCGUGUUGGAGCUCAUUGGAGCAGGUUACCAGCCAGUCGUGGUCGAUAACUUCAGUAACGCUGUAAGAGGAGAAGGGGAUGUACCAGAGAGCAUACGCAGGAUCGAAAAGCUCCUGGACACCAGCAUUGAGUUUCAUGAACUAGACCUUUUGGACCAACCUGCCUUGGAAAAACUCUUCAAAAAGCAUUCUUUCAGUGCGGUGAUGCACUUUGCUGGACUGAAGGCUGUUGGGGAGUCAGUGGAGCAGCCGUUACGCUACUACAGAGUCAACCUCACUGCCUCCAUCAACCUGCUCGAGGUGAUGCAGGCUCACAAGGUGCACAAUCUGGUCUUCAGCAGCUCGGCCACGGUGUACGGGGACCCUCAGCACCUUCCCAUCGACGAGCAGCACCCGGUGGGCGGUUGUACCAACCCCUACGGCCAGACCAAGUACUUCAUUGAGGAAAUUAUCAGCGACCACUGUAAAGCCGAGAAGGACUGGAAUGCGGUGCUGCUGCGUUAUUUCAACCCAAUUGGAGCUCAUUCCUCUGGCCUGAUAGGAGAGGACCCCCAGGGUAUCCCCAACAACCUGCUGCCAUAUGUUGCCCAGGUUGCAAUUGGGAGAAGAAAGUGCCUCAAUGUAUUUGGGAAUGAUUAUGACACACCUGAUGGGACAGGUGUGCGAGAUUAUAUCCACGUCGUCGAUCUGGCAAAAGGACACAUAGCAGCUCUGAAGAAGCUGAAGGACAACUGCGGCUGCCAGGUUUACAAUUUGGGAACAGGAAAAGGCAACUCUGUGCUCGAGAUGGUGAAAGCCAUGGAGAAGGCAUCAGGGAAAGAGAUCGCAUACAAAAUCGCCCCACGUCGGGGAGGAGACAUCGCAUCCUGCUACGCUGACCCUCGUCUAGCUGAGAAGGAGCUGGGCUGGAAGGCCCAAUUUGACCUGGAAAAAAUGUGUGAAGACCUGUGGCGCUGGCAGUCCACGAAUCCCACUGGAUUUUCCAAUGGCGCAGCCUCUUGAUGCAACUUCUUCCGUUUGUUAUUGUUAAAAUCUUCUUCCAAAUCACCGGGACAAAGCCAAACAUCAACAUCCUCAUAUUUACAUAUCACAUAAACAAUAUAAUUAGGGUAAAUGCUUUAUGUUUUGUCAUGUUUCAUUUCCUCUUUGUUCCACAAUAAUGGGUAUGUUAUUUACUGUUUACACUAAAAGAAACAUGUCUCUCUGAUUUCUCUGUGUUGUAAUUUCAGAUUAACAACGGAUGUUUUCUCUAUUGAUGUAUUGAUCUAUGAGCCAUAUGUACGAGAAAGAAUAAAUACAUUUUCUUACUGAGGAA